AUGCGCCCCUUCUCGCCCGCCGCCGCACAUCCCAUCCCACUCGACCACCACGCGCCCGCCGUCGCCUCACCACUCAACCCCUCCAGCACCCGCGCCCCCUCCCACACCACUCCCGCCCCCACCAUGCACCGCGAGCCCCGCGAGAAAAAGGACUCCCUGAAGAAGCGCGAAAGCAGCAACCCCCACACCACCGCCUCCACCGCCCUCGGCAAACGCAAAGCCAACGCGACCCACGCCUAUCCCUCUCCGCAACGCUUCAACGUGCCCCCACCCAAGUCCACCGACUUCGAGCCCCCCAAAGAAGACAUCAUGGUCGCCCACGAACCCACCCCGCUUACCAUGCCCGACGGCAACCGGCAACUCUACAAACCCAUCGAUCUCGCCGAGAACAAGCGGGGAUACCGCUACAGCCGCGCCAUCGCCGACCCCUUGUUUCCGCAUAAACAGUACUACCGCUCCACCUCCCCGCCACCUCACUACGCACGGCUGAGUUUCGAGGACGCGGAUAAGUGGAUGCAUUUCACCACCAACGCACUCAUCACGACGAAUGAAAAGGGGUGGAGGAUGGUGCGCAGCAACGUGUGCGCGAGGGAGGGGACGUUGUAUUAUGAGAUUAAGAUCCACCGGGGUGUUCCUCCCUCCGGUCCAGCAGAUACCACAUCCUCCGAUGCUGCAAACUGCGGUCCACAACCCCACGUCCGUUUCGGCUGGGCACGGCGUGAAGCCCCCCUCGACGCGCCAGUAGGGUUCGACGGGUAUUCCUACGGCAUCACCGACCUCCGCUUCGAACCCAUGCAUCGCAGCCGGCCGAGCAAAUUCUACCACCCCACCCCCAAGAACAAGAAAACAAAAGGCUCCAAACCUCUAUCCGGCGCGGGAACAGCACCCCCACCCAUCCAGCUCGCACCCGAAGACGCCCACGUCAAAGAAGGCGACAUCAUAGGCCUGGAACUGCAACUCCCCUCCCUCACCCUCCACCGCAAGAUCGUAAGCGGCGUCUACAACCCCGCCGUCGAUAUCGGCGACGGCUUCGACCAACCCACACAUACCCUCGAACCGGGUGCGGAGAGUAUGGAUGUCAUCCGCGACCGCAUCCCCGUCGCGUACAAGGGGAAUAGCUACUUCGAGACGCUCGAUCACGUCUCCUCGAAACCGAUGGAGGACCCCGCCUCUCUGCUCAAGACGGCGCCGAACCCCAACCACGAACACCCCUCCCUCCGCACCCUCCCCCACUCCGCCAUGCGGGUGUACAAGAAUGGGAAAUUGGUCGGCACGGCUUUUGAGAAUGUACUCGCGUUCUUACCGCCUGCGAGUGUGCCGAGUAAGACGAUGGGGGCGAGAGAGGGGUUUGAUGAUGGGGUGGUGGGUUAUUUCCCCGCCGUUUCGUGUUUUUGGGGCGGUAUCGCGGAGGUGAAUAUGGGGGAUGGGGUGGGUGGGUUUUGGGCGCCGCCCCCUCAUCUCGCCGUGAGUAGGAGUAGAGAUGCAGCGCGUGACGGGCAACUUGCUACGAAUGGCUGGAACCCUGGUCGCCUGUGCCGGGCGGUGGGGGAACGGUAUAAAGAGCAGAUCGCCGAGGAUGUCGUGUGGGAUGUCAUUGAUGAAGUUGACUUCUUCAUCCAGGACGGCGGGUAUGAGGGCACGGUGGGCUCCGGGGCUGAUAAUGGUGGUGGUAGUAAUGGUGUUGUUAGUACUCGGACUGGGGCGGGGAGGGUUAAGGAGGAGGAGAUGUAG